AGAGCAGCUGCAGGAUGACGCGCCUCCUCACUCUCCUCUGGACGCUUGGCUUCCUGCUGAAGGAGGCGCAGGCGUGGGGCUUCAAAAAUGGAAUAUUUCACAACUCUAUAUGGCUGGAACAAGCAGCUGGAGUUUACCACCGAGAGUCUCGCAAAGGGAGAUACCAGCUGACGUAUAACGAGGCCAAGGCUGUCUGCAAGUACGAGGGAGGGAAGCUGGCCACUUACGAUCAGCUGGAGGCGGCUCGUCGAAUAGGUUUCCAUGUUUGUGCUGCUGGAUGGUUCGACAAAGGACACGUUGGCUACCCCAUCGUCAAAGCGGGCUCCAAAUGUGGCUUCGGGAAGGUCGGCAUCGUCGACUACGGACUGAGGCGGAACAAAAGUGAGAGAUGGGAUGUGUACUGCUACAACCCAAAUUCCAAAGAGUGUGGCGGGGUGCUGACAGACCAGCAGAAGAUCAUUCAGUCUCCCGGCUUCCCUGAGGAGUAUCAGGACGAGCAGAUCUGCUACUGGCACAUUCGAGUGCGCCUGGGCCAGAGGAUCCGUCUCCACUUCCUGGAGUUUGAUGUAGAGGAUGACGCGGGCUGUCUGGCAGAUUACCUGGAGGUGUACGACAGCUACGACGAUGUCUCCGGCUUCGCUGGGAGAUUCUGUGGCGAUUAUUUACCUGACGACAUCUAUAGUACAGGAAACGUGAUGACGCUGAAGUUUCUCUCUGAUGCUUCAGUCACAGCCGGCGGCUUCAAGUUUGAGUACACUGCCUUUAAUGCGUCUGUGGUUUCACAGAAUCACACCCAUCAUUUCAACUGACCCUCAGUUUGAAACACUGAUGUAAUCCUGUUGCUGUAUUUAUGAUGUCAUUAGUUACAUCUUGUACUGUAAUUAAUGUCUUUAUAGCUGAUUAAAGAAAUAAAUCUGUCAUUAAACUGUG